AUGGAAGUGAAACAAGUAAAAGAUCAGAAACCACUUACUACUAAUAGUGCUGAAGCUGCUACCACUAGUCAUGACAACGAUGCAAUUCCGUCAACGUCAUCAGUUAAGGCCGAUGCCCAAUGGUGGUGGCCUUUUGACAACAUCAUGUGCAAAAUGAGUGGUCUUGUCCAAGGCAUGUCUGUUUCUGCAUCUGUAUUCACUCUGGUGGCCAUUGCAGUGGAAAGGUUCCGUUGCAUUGUAUAUCCAUUCCGAGAGAAGCUGACUCUGCGAAAAGCUGUAUUCACAAUUAUCAUCAUUUGGGUUCUAGCUCUGAUCAUCAUGUGUCCAUCAGCAGUUACUCUAACUGUGACCAAGGAUGACUACCACUUUAUGGUAGAUGACUACAAUAACUUCUAUCCUCUUUACUCUUGUUGGGAAGCAUGGCCAGAGAAGGAAAUGCGAAAGAUAUACACAACUGUCCUCUUUGCACACAUAUAUCUCGCUCCUCUCACCUUGAUUGUCAUCAUGUAUGCACGCAUUGCUUUCAAACUCUUUAAAUCAUCUGCCCUAAUUCGAGGCUCUGUCUCUGAAGAACAUGAAGGUCGAAGGGUUUCUAAGAGGAAAAUAAGAGUAAUAAACAUGUUGAUUAUUGUUGCUCUGUUCUUUACACUCUCCUGGUUGCCCCUGUGGACUUUAAUGUUGCUCACAGACUAUGGAAAUCUUAAUGACCAUCAACUCAACCUGAUUGCUGUUUAUAUAUUCCCCUUUGCCCAUUGGUUGGCUUUCUUCAACAGCAGCGUGAAUCCAAUUAUUUAUGGUUACUUUAAUGAAAACUUUCGCAGAGGUUUUCAAGAAGCCUUCAAAGUUCAGCUCUGCUCAAUGGCAAGAGAGCACAAUGACACAUAUUCAGAAAGAAAAAACAGCGGGUUUAUGUUUGGGGUACGCAACAGAAUUUUUGUUGAAGUCCAACCCAGCGACUCUGCUCAAGGCUCAGACUCAUGCAAUAGUACCAAUGCAAAGGGUGGUAUGUUCUCUUUACGGAGUGGGAGAAUUGCUCAUCAUGGUAUGGUAGUUGAAGAGAGAGACAAUAAAAACUCCAAUAACACUGUCAGCAUACCAGCAUGGGACAUAUAAAAUGGACAUGCUGUGGACAUUGGAUGCUUGUAAUUACAGUGCUAAAAGGAUGGCAGAAAGUGCUGAAAUAAAUUGUGUAUCUCUGAGUGUUGAUACAGGGUUAAUGUAAGAAAUGAGUGAUAUUAUUAAUUUAGGUUCCGACGAUGAUACAAAGUAAUGUAACGCAUGACAUCAGGUGGAAGUUGCACAAGUUAAUUGAUUCUAGUGAAGGGAUAAAGGAAUUUAAUUGACUCUCAAACUUUGAUGAGAUUUUUCCCAUGGGCUUAUUUAUCAAAUGGGAUUUCAAUAAAACAUAAUAAACUGACAACAGUAGGUUAUUACUACAUAAAAAAAAUCUGUAGCAGAUUUUAUUCAGACAUUCAAUUCAAUUAAUUACUGUUGAAAGAAGAUGAAAAGGAACGUUCUCUUUCUUUCAUUAUAUUUUUGACUUUUAUUAAGUUAUUACUAUUAUUUGUUUAGUGAAUCAUGCUCAUUCAAGCUGCACUACUAGUAAAAGUUGGCACAGCAGCACCCACCCCACUCUCCACCCCCUUCUUCCUUACACACACAUAAAGAUUCAAUUUGUAAACCAACAAAAGGGUGUCUCUUGAACAAGGUAUGUGGAAGCUGUAAAGGCAUUAGACUACCAAAGCUCAGUGCAUGGACUUUGAACCUCGAGUUGGAACAAUCUGCAUUCAAUGGCUAUAGAGCACAGGUGUGUAGCACAGACCCACUGACAUUUCUCCAGCGGUUAUAAUGGUCCCCACUCUGAUCUACUGAGGUUCUGCAGUGGCCAAUGCCUGUGCAGCAAAGCUAUUUCUUUCACAAGAACUUGUCUCACGUGUUAUAUGAAUGAAACUGCAGCAUGCUUCUUGGGAUCCAAUCUAAAUCUGUAUUACAUAGAUAGAAGUUAAAAAUACUUGUGUCGCUUGACUCACUUCUUCAAAGCUUGAAGAGAAGGAAAUACUGUACUACUGCCCUUAUGUGAAAUUAUUUGCUUGUUUUUGAAUGUACUGUAUACUUAUAUGAA